AUGAUGGGAAUGGAUGCGGAUACUGCAUCGCAUAUGACACAGGCCGUCUCCACAGGGGCGGUGACCCCAGUCCCCUUUGAAUCGAAACAUAUGCAUGGAAUGCCCAUCUUGGAAAGAGCGCAUUUAACAACUGGUGAAAGGCUAUACUGGGAGAGUUACAACACAACGACUUUCUUCACGACGGAACUCGGGUCCAGAGGCGCACUCCAUUUGCAUAUCACCACAUUCAUCGCGUGCUUAAUCAUCGUAUACCCAGCGUGCUUGGUGCUGAAUAGCGCCAGAUCCAAGUGGUAUUUGGCAUCUCUGACAGCCAACUUAACGCUGCUGAUUAUUUCUUUUAUAUCGAUCUGUACUUUCAUGCGGUCUUUCCCCAUGGAUGAAAACUGGUACCCAAACAACAUCUACGUGAGUACAUGGGUUGUGCUGUUGGUCUCCUUUAUGUCCCAUUACGUAGCCACAGGUAUCAAUAAACUUAACCAACACAUGUAUUCCAACCAGUACGCCCUGGUAUCUGAUGUCCCCAUGCACGAUAUAGGAUCUGCAUCUCCAGGAAGUAACGCGACAAUCGUAGGUCUCCCCACAGAAGAGUACGACGAUUAUUCCUACCCAAAGAGUUCAAGGUUCUUGGCGAAGAUUGAGCAGUCCACGAUUCUAAGACGGUCCGUCCUCAAAUUGGGAUCCGUUUCACGAGUAGUAUCCGAAUUGGCUAAUGUCCCCAUAUUUUUCCUCAUGGGUGUCACGUUGUUCAUUGGACUGGCAGUGGGAAACCUACUGGGCAAAAAUCAAAGGAUUUUCAAUUUAUUAGCACAUUGGAUCAAGGGAGGUGUGUUCCUUAUCCUGGGUCUCGUUUCACUCGCUAGAUACUGUGGCAUGGGGGAAACUUACGGAUGGAGCUGGAACAGGAAGAUUUAUUCUGGGAUUGAGGGUAAAGCGAGUCGGUUUCUGCCAAAAGGUACUAUUACCGUUGAAGGGAUAGAAUCGUUCCUAGUGUUUUUCUACGGGACCACAAAUAUAUUCUUGGAGCAUUUGGCCGGUAGUGGUGGUGCUUGGUCGGCAAAGGAUCUGCAGCAUGUAUCGAUUGCAUUUAUCUACAUUGGUACAGGCCUGAGCGGACUGUUGACCGAGAUAAAACUGAACACAUGGAGAUUUGAAAGGUCAUUAUAUCCGGACGGAUCCAACACGAAGGAGGAGUGCAUUGCUGGGACACCAGGAUACUCCCCCAACCCCUUCCCUGCACUAACAAUUUUCUGGACGGGCAUACUAAUGUCACAACACGCACAAGCAUCAGAGGCAUCCACCAAAAUACAUGCACAGUGGGGGUAUUUGCUAUCCUAUGGUUCCUUCUUUAGAAUCAUCACUUUUUUGAUUCUCUAUUUCGAGCCCCCAAAGGACUUUAGACCUUCCAAACCACUCACGGAAUUGAUAACAUCCUUUUGUUUGAUAUGCGGAGGAGUAAUAUUUAUGGAGUCUACCGACCAAGUAAUCGAAGCAAUCGAAUAUCGCGGGUUCACUCCUUUAUUCACGUGUAACCUCAGCGUUGGGAUAUCAUCUUUGCUGAUGGCCUGGUUGAUGAUGCUCUUCCUUUGGAGAGACUGGCUGCUAUCGUAUAGAAAGGAACAUGAAACAAUUGACCAGGUAUGA